AUGUCCGAACCGGGCCCACCAUAUCCGAAACGUCAAAGAAUAUCACAAGCCUGUAAGGAAUGUCGAAAGCGCAAGUCAAAAUGUGGAGGUGAAUAUCCGUCCUGCCUGGUCUGCGUGUCAACGAAUCGUGUGUGCACCUACGACCAGAACUUCCGGAAGCGUGGACUUCAAGCGGGCUAUGUGCGAGCUUUAGAAGCACUGCUAGGUACGAUCACCCGCGACUCUCCCGACGCUGAGCGGAAGAUCCGAGCAUCACUCCGUUCGCCACACUUGCAAGGCGAGGUGGACGAGCAACGGGUCACGGAUAUCGCUGUUGAAGCUUGGCGAAAGUCUGGUCUCUCAAAAGACAUUGAGCAACUGUUGGCAGCCUCCGAGGAUGUUUUUAGGACCUCCAGUGUGGCCCUUUCGCCCAUUGCCUACUCUGACGCCGAGGAUGAGCAGGUUGAUGAGGCUACAGGUCUGGAAGAAGCCUCCCAGCAGACAUCACUAGAUCUAAAUGGUCCCCCUGCUCGGCAUGGUCAAACACAGAGCCUUCCUGAUAGCCCGCUGCCAGUCGAAACAUCGAACAUGGUUGAAUUUUAUUUCGCACAAAUUCAGUGCUGGUUGCCAGUUUUGGAGCGCCGGGAUGUCCUGCGCAUUUUACAUUCCGAGACCCUUCCUUCAGCUCUUACAAUCAGCGACAAGGCUCUGAGAUCGUGCCUCUGGGCUAUAUUUGCCUUUGUGACUGCUCAAGGACGCUUUUUCUCGGAGACCCAUCUGACUUAUGAGAGAGUUUUGGUCGGUCUUUGUUUGCAAAUCAGUGAACACGAACAGCAACCAGAACUGGGACAUAUUCAGUCGAGAUUAAUUACUGCACUCCUAAAGAUCGGUUUGGGUCAGCUUAAUGCUGCGUGGACAAUGAUCGGGGCGACGAUUAGAAUGCUUCUCGGGUAUCAAUAUCGCCCUCCGCGCUACUUGCAUACGUUGUUGGUGUGCAUAAUGCUUGACAACUAUCUCUCUUCUCUUCUGCGAAGAGACUCUUAUUUUCCACCGAGCAACCGAAUCUAUCUUGCCAGGGUGGACGACGAUUCAGUGGAAGAAUGGGAAUACUGGAAUCCCCCCUCACCGUGUACAACCGCUGCUUCCGACAGGAGGAAAGGCCCGAUGCGGUCGUUGAGCAUCCUGAAUUCGAUGACUCAGCUUGUACAUCACCUGGCAAAGAUCAAUGAACAAAACGUGGACGACGCAAGCCUUUUCGAAGGUCUUGAUGCUCUACAGACCUGGAAGGAAAAUCUGUCAGGACAUCAUCAGAUAUCAAGCUCUAGUCCCUCAAAUCCACCUCUUCUGAAUCUACAUCUGAUGUGGAAUUUCGUCAUGUGCUCUUUGCUGAUGAAGGUCAGUACCCUUCAAGAUUCUAUUGUUGAACUGGCAGAACAAUGCGCAACUUCUACCGUGGAGCUGCUAAACAUCAUUUCAAGAGACAUGGGCAUGCAGACCCCGCUGUUGCAGGGCUACGCAUCCCAAGCAUGGACCUGUUUGCAUGUUGUCGUUCGCCCGGAGGCAGAUAGCAGUGCAUGUUCGGCCAUGGCGCGGCUUCUCGAGUUGAAGCAAAGCUUUCGUCAGUAUUGGCAAACAAGGGAGUGUGGCCCAGCGAACCAGCCGUAUGAGGGUGCUCAAAACGCACGAUAUGACCCAGAAGUUCCAGGACGGUCGCUCUCACAGCUUUCUGGAAUGGCGUCCUUAUCUGCGGAUGUUGCAAAUCCAACUGCCAGUAAUAGAUUUGUCGGUACCGAGCGCCAUUCGACAGCGCUUGUUCAACCAUUUGCAGCGGCGCAAACCCCGGAAACUCAUUUUCAGGGUGUCCCCACGAAUCGAGCUUUCCCAUCAGAGAUCGAACCUGGUGGCGACCUGGAGAACGUUAACGUACCCAGCGCAGACCAAUUCAGUGAUGUAAAUGAUUUUGAUGCUAUUUUCAACCAAGGGCCGUGGAUAGCGCCGAUGAAGAGGUAA